GCCGUUGUGAAGAAUAACAAACAAGGCAUUAUAAGCCUCAAGAAGAGGAAUGAUAGUUUGUCUUCUGUUUUCGCUGCUGUAGGAACACAUUAGCACACCAUGUUGUCACGAGCCCACUUGCUAAUUCAGAAAGAAUAUAGGAAUUUUAAGAAAGAUCCACCAUGGGGUGUAGAUGCAUUUCCACUAAACCACUCUAUCUUUGAAUGGGGUGCCAAAAUCAAAGGAUUGAGGGGCACUGUUUGGGAAGGUGGAAUUUUCUGGCUGUACAUCAAGUUUGAUGAAAACUUCAAUCUCCGUCCUCCACAAAUCUGUUUCCACACAAUUCCAUUCCACCCAAAUGUGGACAUGAUAACAGGCCAGCCUUGUGUAGACAUACUGGACAACUGGGAGGAAUGGAAAGAAUGCUUCUCCAUAGGUUAUGUCCUCUUGACUAUUCAGAGCCUGUUGUCAAACCCUGGUCUGGAAAACCCUGUGAACACUGAGGCAGCAGACUUACUAAAGCGCUCACCUCGUUCCUACAGGCAGAUGGUCUUAGACUGCGUCUCAGCCAGUCAGAUGCUGGAGGCUGGGCUUACCCCAGAGCUGGGUAAACAGUCAAGUAAGGUUCAUUGCGUCCCAGCCCCCAAGGCGACAACAUAUGUGAGGAAUGUCACAACAGCCCCCACAAAAGUCUCACGCCUCUCCUUUGAGGAUUAUCACAGCACUUGGUGUGGCAUUGCUACCUCAAAAACAGCACCAGGAGCGAAAAAUACAUUUUUAGAAUCCAUCAAAGAGAACCAAGCUGCAAGAAACAGGCACAUGGGGUUAACUGAACAAGAAAUAGAAGAGCAGAUAAAUCGACAGGUUGAGGAACAUAACAUUCUCAUCUAUGGGAGAUUUACAAAUAAGCUGACAGAGCACGAGGAGAAGGCUGCAAAAUUGGAGAAACUCAACCGAAUGAAGAAAAUUUACCUGCCUCCUAGAAAACCACUAUCUUCUCCUGUUCCAAACAAUUCAGUAGAGACAGUGGAAAGAGUUUUCAUGAAAGAGGAGCCAUGGGAGACUGAGGUGGAUGACUUAGUGAACUGGUCGUCCAAACUAGACACAAAUUUUGUGGACACGUGAUGUUUGGAAACGAAAUGUGUUGGACAGACGAUGGCUGCUGGUCACAAACCUGGUAGCCUGAUUGUCUAACUUGGACACGAUUCUGGUGAAGACUAGAUGUCUAUUAAAUAUCAGUUGUACGGAUGAGAUACAAAUAUGUAGACAACUGAUCAUCCUAACUGGACACAAUUCUGGUGAAGACUAGAUGUCUAUUAAAUAUCAGUUGUAUGGAUGAGAUACAAAUAUGUAGACAAAUGAUCAUCCAAACUGGACACAAUUCUGGUGAAGACUAGAUGUCUAUUAAAUAUCAGUCAUUCGGAUGAGAUACAAAUAUGUAGACAACUGAUCAUCCAAAUUGGACACAAUUCUGGUAAAGAUUAGAUGUCUAAUAAAUAUCAGUCGUACGGAUGAGAUACAAAUAUGUAGACAACUGAUCAUCCAAACUGGACACAAUUCUGGUGAAGACUAGAUGUCUAUUAAAUAUCAGUCAUUUGGAUGAGAUACAAAUAUGUAGACAACUGAUCAUCCAAAUUGGACACAAUUCUGGUAAAGAUUAGAUGUCUAAUAAAUAUCAGUCGUACGGAUGAGAUACAAAUAUGCAGACAACUGAUCAUCCAAAUUGGACACAGUUCUGGUGAAGACUAGCUGCCUAUUAAAUAUCAGUCGUACUGACGAGAUACAAAUAUGCAGACAACUGAUCAUCCAAAUUGGACACAGUUCUGGUAAAGAUUAGAUGUCUAAUAAAUAUCAGUCGUAGAAACAAGAUACAAAUGAGCAAACAGUGGUCACAAAUCUGGUAGCUUGAUCAUCCAAAUAAGGACACAGUUCUGGUGAAGACAAAGGACAUCAGUUUGUAUCCUAAGAACGAGACACAAACUAGUGGACAUGAUGUCCUCUUUACACAGAUCUGUAGUGAUGUGACUAAACACAAAUGUAAUUUAGACCACAAAUGUGGUAAUUCCAGCUGGAUCCCAGUCUGGUGGAAGCGUAAUAUCCGUUAGACACACAUCUGGUGGACAUCUGGUUUAAUAAUUUACCCAAUAAUUAUUGAAAAUCUUCAUGGUUUUUGGCAUGUAAUUGCCAAAUUGGAUGCCAGGGUUGACUUUUUUUUGGACUUGAAUUUGACAGAAUUGCAGCAGAAAUGUGAUGUUUCCAUGACAUGGUUGUUUUAUGAUUGUUAACCAGUACAUUAACAAAAACACUCCAUCAUUAAACCCUUCUGUGUAUCAUAUGGAUGGAGGAUUGGUUGGGUUG